GAUACGGCGCCUGCGUGAUGUCAGCGCGCGCCGCAACCCGAACGGGCAAGCAGCAGCCAGUCACAGUAGGCCAGCCACCUCACGUCAGGCCGCGCCUAAGCUGCGUGCAGUGGCCUUACACGAGAGGCCCCUAAGAACGAACGACGUCGCGGCCGUCUCGCCGACAUGCCGCUGGGCUUUCUGCCCAAGGACUUCAUUCGGACUUCCAGUCCGACCAGACCCGAGCCUGCCGAGCCAGCCGAAGCUGAGCAGCGCGCAGAGCCGGAUUCCGCCCAGACAGCCGCGCCGGAAGUUACCGCGCUGGCGAAGGGAAAGCAAAAAGCAAUUGCACCAGAAGACGCUGCUAAGAGCGCAGCCCAGGGGACCACCAGAACACGGAUUCUGCCUCAGGGCUUUCAAGAGCUGGGCUCCGUCGGACGAUCCACGCCGACAGGGAGUCAUUUGCGGGCCGACUGCCCCAGUGGACACUGCGCCCGCGCUGCAAGACGCCGACCAGGCACCAGCUGCCGCCGGUCCGCCCCCAGAGCCGGCUGCAGACAACAUUUACGACCCAGAGAACCCCCAAAUUGGAGCGCUCCUAGGGAAGCUGCCAGGGGCGUACCGCAGUGACCCGAACGCGGGGUUCCACAGGUCACCUCGGAUUGAUAACUCCGGCCCGCAGCUUGCCCUCCUAGUGAACGGGCGCGUGGUGCCGAACUUGAUUCUGGAUUCUGGCGCGGAGGCCGUCAUUACAGGCCCCUCAGGCGCCAAGGCAAUGGGGAUUACCCUUGACAUGCCAUUCGCCGCAGAGCGAUUGUGA